AUGUCUACUGAUACAAACGAGCUUGAAAGAUUUAGGGAAAAAUGGAAAGCUGAAAUUUCGAGGCUAAAUAAGAAAGAUGCUCAAUCCAAAACAAUAUCUAACGUGAGCGUAUCCAACACUUUAGUUGAUGCCAAAAAGGUUCAACCUUUGGAGGAUAUCACUGAAAUUGGAACGUCGAGUACGGUUGAAUCAACAAAACCUGUUCCUGAUCCAAAAGCCCCAAAGCAUAAAGCCUUGGAGAUUUAUGUAAAAGCCGUUACGAAUGAAAGAGAAGGAAAUUUAAACGAAGCUCUUAUAAAUUAUCGUCAAGCCUUGAAACUCGAUCCUACUGUAGAGAAUUCUUACAAGAAGCAACUCUAUAGUGUAGUUAAUGAUAAAAAAACAGAAUCAUCCAAUUUUUUUGUCAAACAUUUAGAAGAGCUUCCACAAUUUCCUCACGUUUUCAUUGGGGAAGAUUAUGAAAUAGGACGAUUUGGUACUAAAUCUUCUGCACCAAAAUCAAAAGAAGAUAAUAAUAUUUCUAAUUUAAUAACCAGUUUUCGAAAUUUGCAACUUGAUUUGUUACCAUUGAAUCCUAAUAAAAGAAUUGAUAUUGCCAAACUUCCUAAUGAAUUAAUAGUUUGCAUCCUUCACCAGUUAAUAGCUAGAGGAGAUGUGACUUCACUUGAGAGGUUUGCGUUAGCAUGUAAGAAAUUCUUUCUUUUAUCUAGAGAAGUUUCAUUAUGGCGUUACUUAUGCGAGAAGGCGUAUCGAAAUAAUUAUUUGUCACUUGAUGCUUCCAAUUCUUUAUUGGAAGAGUACGUUAAAUUAUAUUAUCAUAGUGAUUGGAGAAAGAUGUAUAUUGAAAGACCACGUAUACGAUUGGAUGGUAUUUACAUAGCUAUAUGCAAUUAUUUAAGACCUGGAUCUUCAGAAAAUGCAUGGAAUCGACCCAUUCAUCUUGUUACCUAUUAUCGAUAUAUUCGUUUUUAUUCCGAUGGUUCAUGUAUUGCUUUGAUGACGACAAAUGAACCCAUAAAUGUAGUAAAAAAUUUUGGACCCAAUUGCAAGUCCAAAAAUUUUAUGAAGGGUAAAUGGGAAUUAAGCGAUGACCAUAUAUUAAUGAUUCGAGCGAAAGAUUAUGGCUUACCCAAGUUUACUUUUUAUUCGACUUUUGAUUUAAAGUCAACACAUCGAGGAAGACAUAAUAAGCUUACGUGGAUCGGUAAGAAAUAA